UAUUUUCUUCUAUCCUGGGCCAGCCUCAAGCGAAUGGGCCGGGCAGGAUUGGGCUUGACCGAGACAACACAGGUCUGCCCGAGUAUCUGCGUUACGACGUCGUUUUCUCUGCAACCCAAUUUCUUCCUUCGCUACUCAGUUCGCAUCAUAAAUCGCUGCCUCCAUUCUCACACUCAGUCGUCUCAACCUUCGAUCUCCCCCGAAAACGACGCCGUAGCAAGCAAUGGCCACCUCACUUGCCGCCAUGACGGCUCGCAGAGCUGCAACCCUCGCUCGGCUCUCGCCGUCCACCGCGUCGGCCGCUCGAGCCGCUUCUCUGAUUCCCCGCCGCGGCCUCGCCGGCGCCUCUGAUCACCAUGGGCCACCGAGGAUUAACCUCUGGGAAGACCCGAUGAGUCCGUCAAAGUGGAAGGAAGAGCAUUUUGUGAUUGCCUCUUUAUCGGGGUGGUUUGCCCUUUUCUAUGGAUCUUACAAGUUUUUUACCAGUGGCAAGAAAGACAAAGAAGAGAAAGUAGCAGAAGCAGCACAAUAGGCCGGAGAUUCAAGUCAUCUGUCAUUUUUUUCUUCUAAUAAUUAUGCGCUUCAACUUAUUGUUUGUAUGAAGAAAGUUCAUCUCCACCUGAUUUCAGUCUGUAAUGAUCACUAAGAAUAUUCAGCUCCGAUGGAUUUUCCGACGUUUUACCUUUUUUCAGAGGAAGAAUGAGUUUUCUCUUUCCCUAGUCAUUCUCUUGUUCAAUCUACAUCUUCCAGUUGCUUGGGACUUUUCUCUGAUAAUAAUGAAAACCAUAAUUUUGUUUUA